AGGUCAAGCUAAGAAGAGAAAAGCGGGAGAGACCGAGAGAGAAAAGGGUUUUAAAAAAAAAGGAAAAAAAAGAGAGGAAAAUCUGUCCCCAUCUGAAAUAUUGUCACCGUGAAAAUGGGGGUGAAGCAAGUUCUGAAGAGCAUUGAUGCAUUUCCUCGAGCUGAAGAGCAUUUGUUGCAGAAGACACAGUCUGGAGCAGUGGUGUCCAUUGUUGGUUUAAUCAUCAUGGCUACAUUGUUUUUUCAUGAGCUGAAGUACUAUCUUACAACAUAUACAGUACAUCAGAUGUCUGUCGAUUUGAAACGUGGAGAGACUCUUCCAAUCAAUAUAAAUGUGUCAUUCCCUUCUCUACCUUGUGAUGUUUUAAGUAUCGAUGCUGUUGAUAUGUCAGGCAAACAUGAAGUGGACAUUGAUACGAACAUUUGGAAGCUACGCUUGAAUCAUGAUGGCCACAUCAUUGGCACCGAAUACUUAUCUGACCUUGUUGAAGGGGGUCAUACUCACAAACAUGAUCAUGACAAAGAAGAGGAUGCUUCUCAAAAACCUCAGUCUCAUGGUUUUGACCAAGAUGCUGAAAAUAAAGUCAAGAAUGUGAAGCAAGCAUUGGCCAAUGGGGAAGGAUGCCGAGUUUUUGGGAUUUUAAAUGUUCAAAGGGUUGCUGGAAACUUUCAUAUUUCUGUUCAUGGGUUAAACAUAUUUGUUGCCCAACAGAUCUUCGAGGGAGCUAUUCAUGUGAAUGUGAGUCAUGUCAUUCAUGAUUUAUCAUUUGGGCCAAAGUACCCCGGAAUUCAUAACCCACUUGAUGGAACAGAACGGAUUUUGCGGGGAACGAGUGGGACAUUCAAAUAUUACAUAAAGGUUGUUCCAACUGAAUACAGAUAUCUCUCCAAAGAAGUUCUUCCAACGAAUCAGUUUUCUGUUACGGAGUAUUUUGUCCCCAUGCACGAGUUUGAUAGGAUGUGGCCAGCUGUUUACUUUUUGUAUGAUCUUUCACCAAUCACUGUGACAAUUAGAGAAGAACGGCGCAGUUUUCUGCAUUUCAUCACACGACUUUGUGCGGUACUUGGUGGUACAUUUGCUCUAACAGGAAUGCUAGAUCGAUGGAUGUUCAGGCUUCUUGAGGCAUUAACAAAGUCAAAAAGUAAAACUAGACUACGGUAAUCGAAGAGCUUUGGAAUAACGCUUACUGCAAGCAGCAAGGCUGUCCAGGUCCAAGGGUUUCACCGGUUCAUCAAUGCAAUAUCUCCCAUUUUUGGCACAAGAGCGUGAAAGCAAAAAUGCUGAGCCACUAGAAAAACUGAUGCAACUUUACUGCCAAUCUCUGUGUUCCAGUGAUAGUCCGCUUGAAUUAUCUUCUCUUUGUGUAAAAUUAUACUCUUUGUUUUUCCAGUAACAUAGUUUGGUCUACAACGAUGCUCUUUUGGAAAAAAAGAACUUUAUUUAAUUAUUUUAUGGGUAGCAAAAGAUGAGUGGAAAUGCAUAUUUUAUACCUUAACCAUAUAAAACAUUGAGCACAGAUAAAAUUUCAUUUUU